CUCAAGGGUGAUAGACGAGUUUCCCUCAAAUUAUUACGAGUUGGAGAGGCGUUCAAGUGCAUUUUUCAGUCAUAUGCUCGUAUUUACAAGAUGCUAUGAACGCAGCAUCGUCUCGCGCAUGUGGAUUGAAACGCCCCUCAGACGAUAAAGCUGAUAGGUCGGGAUGGGAAUUUUGCGACCGCCACUCAGCAAACUCUUCGUAAUAACAUUGCUUUGUAAACACAUUUACAAUCUGUUAUUUUCGUUGAUGCGGCGUGUGAAAUAUCUGUAUGAAGCUAAAUUCGAUGGGCGCGGUGUUCAAGUAAGAGCACGCAUCAACAGGACUAGUGAAAAGCUGUAAAACCUCAUGGAAUUUACGGUCAAUUCGUGAAUGUUUUAAUCAUGUGACAGCCUGCCCAUUUCGUUGCUACCAGUCAAGCGAGAGGUAGCGAGAGAGACCAGCCAUCCAGCCGACAAUGUGGAAGACGAGGGGCCAUAAAAAGCAAAUCCCCUUAAGUGGAAACCGCUAUGAAACCAACCCGUAACACAUGGGGACAAGAUGAGCAGUUGACUUGACGUUUUGCCUUACCUGAAAGGCUAAAUAACAGCUAACUUUGACUCUCGCAACCCUCGAGAAGCGUAUUCGAAGAAUCCGAGAUAAUGGUGGCUCUUUCAUCGGUUUUAACGCCACUUGCUCGGUAUCUGCACAGACAUCUCAUAAAGCAAACCAAAGGUCAACGUUUGAUCCCUGUGAGAAGAUGCAACCUCACCGCAUGUUCAAGCAAAUAUGUGCUUUCUGCCUUGCAUCCAAUGUGGCAGGGACCACUCGUUGCUCCAGGGGGUAACAGACAAUCUCCUAUCGAUAUUCGGGUGCGUAAGAGCGUUUUUGAUCCUCACCUCAAGCCGCUGACCCCGGAUUACGACCCCGGGACGUGCUCACAGAUAUGGAACAACGGGUACUCAUUCCUGGUUGAGUACGACGACACCACCGACAAAUCCAUACUUAAAGGGGGUCCUCUGGAGGAUAACUUCCGGCUGUGUCAGUUCCACUUCCAUUGGGGGGAGAGCAACGCGUGGGGCUCCGAGCAUACAGUGGACCGCCGCCUCUUCCCUGCUGAGCUCCACAUGGUCCACUGGAACUCUAAUAAGUACAGCCGGUUUGAGGAAGCUGUGAUGGAGGAGAAUGGACUGGCUGUUAUCGGGGUCUUCCUCAAGAUAGGGAAGAGACACGAGGGACUGCAGAAACUAGUGGAUGCUCUACCUGCUGUCAGACACAAGGACAGUGUUGUUGAGUUCACUAGGUUUGACCCAGCCUGCCUACUGCCUGCUAACAUUGACGAUUACUGGACGUAUGCAGGGUCACUUACCACUCCUCCUCUGACUGAGGCAGUGACCUGGAUUAUCAUGAAGCAGCACAUCGAAGUCAGCCAUGACCAGUUUCAGGUCUGCGUAACACAUUGUCCCUUACUCAGCUGGCAGUGUUCCGGAGCCUUCUCUUCACCUCAGCAGAGGAGGAGGUGCAGAAGAGCAUGGUCAACAACUUCCGCGUGCAGCAGCCCCUGAGGGGCCGCACUGUGCGGUCCUCGUUCACCCCCUUCCUGCAGCAGGAGCCACCUGCAAAAGGUCCACACACAGGCCACUGACCGGUACACACAAACUCACUCUGACCCUUCAAAGCAAAAUUAUGCAAUUACCCUAGGAAGCCUUUUUAUUUAUUUUUUACUCUACAGAAGUCAUACUGCUGGCAUCUUCUUUCCAAAUGUCUUAUGCAUUCAGAAAGCACUCAAUGAUUUCGCUUAAAUGACAGGGAUUUUAUAAUUCCAAUGUCACCAUCUAAAGCUGUGGUAUUCAAAGUCAGGGUCGCGACCUCUAGUUAGUUGGAUUGUGUGGGAACUGCUGUGGGUUCGCCCCCCCAAAAAAAAUUAGAAGUAAGCAAAUUAAGAGUACAGAUCAUUUUAUUUGACAAUAUACAAAUGUUUUUGAGAAAUAAUUUGAAAAAUACUAUUUUGAGUAAAUGUAUUUAAUGGUUUCUUUUCAUUUUAAUAAGAGAUAAAAAUGUAAUGAAUUGAAGUUUAUUUGUUGAUGUAAAAAUGGAAAUGUUUCCUUUUAAGGCCGUGUCAUUAGAUCUGGGGUGGGGGGGUCUCGAGAAAGGAUUAUGAAAAAAAGGGUUGGUCCCCCCUGAAAAAGUUUGAAUACCAAUGAUCUAAAGGCUUUUUUGUUGAUGUUGGCAUCUGUCUCACUGUCUGCUGUCCUGUCAAUAACUGAAAGUCAUCAACACAUGGCAGACGUUAACAUAUUUUUGAAACUCCUGUGUCUUAGGUGAAUCUGGUUGGAGAUUUUUAUGAAUGCUCUUAAUUUUUUAAAGUUGUAAACCUUAUUUAUUCACUCCUUAUUAACAGUCAAACUUUACAUGCUUCCAGAAACCAAUGAUUGAUGCUGCUGGAAUAAUUUGACGUACUAUCAACACUUAUUAUGUAAACUAAAGCUUAUGAAUAUCACCCUCUUGUGGAAAGAGUA